CGGUGUUUGCACACGCACGCGGACGAAGGUGAACCGGUUGGGUCACGAGUUGGUGGUUAUCUGCUGUUGUGUCUCUGCUCCUGAAAGCUUUUGCAAACUUCUUUUUUUAUCAAGCGGGUUUCGGGAAGCCGGGCCACCAAAAGCAGAGCUUCCUCAAAAUGCCCUGGGGUGGGCGAGAUCCUCCAGGCCAGGGUCAAAGUCCCCCCACGUCUCUGGGGUUGCACAAGGCAGAUCUUUAAAAAGAAAAACUGAGUCACUCACUUAGGAGCCUUCAGAGCGCGGAGGAGAUUUGCCACCUCAGACGACCCCGAGUCACAUGAGAAAUGCUUAGCGCAGGGAUCUGGCGGCCCAGCAUCCUGGCUCCGACGGGAGGCAGCUAGAGCCUCCCUUUUUCCUCCCGACACUGGCCACCAACAUUUGCAGGGCGGUGGGGUGGCAAUGGGACCGAACCCAAACCCGUCAUUCUAAAACGGUCCAGCUCUGAUUUCAAUGACGGACAAAUCCUGCUGCUUUUAGGGGCUUCUUUCGCUGUCUGUUGCCGCCAGACGGAGCCUCCCUGGACCCUGCACCCAACGGACGCUCCUGCCAGCAAGAUGAGUCUCCAGACCACAAACGCCUCCGAGUGCCCGAAUGGAACCCAGUGGGUCCUGGAGGUUUUGCACGAAUGCGCCCAGGACGGCUGGGAUCUCGCCAGCGUGGUCCUGGGUCUCGUCUCCAUCUUGUGCUUUGCUGCGGCUUCUUUCCCGCAGUUCUACCUGGCCUGUAAAACCGGGAUCAUGGACCAGGCCCUGUCCCUCUAUUUCCUUCUAGGGUGGCUGGGGGGAGACUCUUUAAAUCUCCUCGGGUCCUUCUUGGCUGAUCAGCUGCCGCUACAGGUCUACACGGCCAUCUAUUACGUCCUGGCGGAUCUGCUCAUGAUCUCCCUGUACGUCUACUACAAGGUCAAGAACCAGAACAGGCUAGUUUCAGUCUCGAUUAAUGCCCUGCUGGCCUUCGUUCUGGUGGGAACAGUUUCGGCCAUGCCGUUCAUGGCUGGACCGGCCCCUUCUCUCGCCGAUGGCACCACGGCCACCUUCAAAGGACGGACGCUUCUCUCUUUAGCCAACAAUCACGUUCGGUGGGAGCCUUUCACCCAGAAAGAAAUCAUCGGCUUCGUGAUAGGAUCCGUCUCGUCGCUGCUCUACCUGCUCUCCCGCGCCCCUCAGAUCUACACGAAUUUCAAGAGGAAAUCGACCGUGGGCAUCUCGUAUUCCCUCUUCGCUCUGGUGAUGCUCGGCAACCUGCUGUACGGGCUUAGCGUCCUAAUGAAAAACCCGGACCCCGGCCAAACGGAGGGCAGCUAUGUGAUCCACCACCUCCCGUGGCUGAUCGGCAGCUUGGGAGUUCUGUCUUUAGACAUCGUCAUUUCUUUCCAGUUCCUCGCUUACCGGCAGAAGAAACCCUCUCGGCUCGAAGAGAGAGAAGCCCUCCUAGACCAUACUGAGGAGUCUCUCGAAAGCGGCCAGACAUGACGCUGCGGGGAUGCUGGAUUGCGGAGUCACCGAUCAAAUGGAGACCCUGGUGUCCUCCCGGAUGCAUCCCCCCCCCGGAAGGAUGCUCUACCUCUGGAUUGUGGGGGGGGAGGAAGGGAAGUCCACACCUCUGUUACUAAUAGGUCUCUUUCCAGAAAACAUACCUAGCACCUUCAGGAAGGCUCUCCUCACCUCUUAACAGCCCUUGGGGUUUAAAAAAGGGACAGGGGAGACGUGACUUAAAACAAAACACACACCAAGGAACGAAAACCAUUUAUUUUCAGUUUUGCCGUGAUGUUUCAAAUCUGAAGCCAAAUGUAGCUUUUUCUCCCCCUCCUCCAUCAAAAAAGGAGAAGGGAAAAGAAAAAAAAACGUCGUUCACCAGAGGGUCUGGUGUUUGAAAUGGGAAUGAACUUUUGGCGAGUUGUGAUGAGGGUCUCCUCGUUUGCCAAUCCGGCGGCACCCGUUUUUCUUGGCAGAAGGGAAGGAGGAGGGACGCACCUCGAUUCUUACGACGGCGUGGGGCAUUCUCUUUUGAGUGGGCAUUUUCGUGGAGCCGGGAGAUGAAAAUAGAAAUAAUAAUAAAGGAAUUGUUCAAAGGG